UUUCUCUCUUUCAAUCUUGAUCUCUGUCUCAAAGACACGCACAUACAUGUACAUGCAAACACUUCUCUUUUGAGUCAUUUUCCAGGACCAUUUCCCAGAGAUGUGUGAUAUUUUGAGUUCAGAUGCUGUUGUUGCCCGUGGGAGGACUCGUUGCCUGGUGGCCUCUGCUCGUGGAUCCUUCUGGUCAGGCUGCCACAUUUCUGAGGUACAGAGACACUAACUACCUGGAUGCCAUGAACCCUGAAAACAUGCAGCCUGAGAAACUGACGCUGGCUCUGUUAGGGGCCAUCAGGUUUGGAAAGCACCUGGUCAUUAAUAUGAUGGACGUGGACUUGUUUGAAACUGUGAAGAGCCAGUUGGAGGGUGUGAAGCCAGGGCUCAGUGCGCAGCUAAUGAACAAGGAGUUUUUACAGGAAGAGAGGUACCUGAGUCUAGUAGAGUCCUCAGAUGGACCACAGUAUGCAAAAACUGAGUUCAGGUUAGACUGGAUUGAGAAGUUCAGGCUUGUUCUGGUGACAAAACAGCGCCACCCCUCGGACUUCUUGCUCACAGCUUUCUAUCCCAUUGAGGUUAUGUUGCCUGAGUCAAGUUCAUACAGUACACUGCAGUAAAUUGUAUUUUUAAAUGCAUAAUUAAUCAUAACAUGUCUAAACGUGUGUACCUCAGUUAUAUUAAUAAAACAACAAUUUUAACUCAUUUUUGGAUUGAUUACAAAAUAUUCUAGUAAGACCAAUGAUUCAGUGGCUUGAAAAGUUACAUGAAGAGUGAAUGACCCAUAUCAAAUAGCAUAUUUCUUUUUAACUUUCUGGCAAACUUGUGCUGUGAAUUUGUUGUCUAGAGAAGCCCCAGGAAUUGUUAUGUCUGCUCUGCAAAAAAAGAAUAAUGUGUCUGUCACUACGUGUUUCUUUCUACCGACCUAUGACGAUUUCCCUUGUUGGAGGAAUAGCCAAUCAUGUGCCUGUACUAUCAACCCGCGCUUUAGUUUUACACUUAGCGAGUGGCCACUGGACAAAUCCAUCCCACACGGGCACUGUCUGCCUUUGCAGCUAGCUAGUUAUCUACAAUUCCAAACAAAUACAUCUACUGGGAUCCAGUAGCUACUAGCUAUUCUCAACAACUUGCAAGAUAUAGUUGAUUUAGCUUAAAAAGCGUGGAACAAGUCAGGAAUUACCUAAAGUAAACAUGGCCGGAGUUAUUCGAAGACUGGAUGAGACAGUUGUCAAUCGGAUUGCUGCAGGAGAGGUGAUUCAACGUCCAGCUAAUGCAAUCAAAGAAAUGCUGGAGAACUGUCUGGAUGCUAAAUCCACCAACAUACAGGUUGCUGUCAAGGAGGGAGGACUGAAACUGAUCCAGAUUCAGGAUAAUGGCACUGGCAUCAGGAAAGACGACAUGGACAUAGUUUGCGAACGGUUUACAACAAGUAAGCUCCAGACAUUUGAAGACCUCACAGGUAUCUCAACGUAUGGCUUCAGAGGAGAGGCCCUAGCCAGUAUAAGUCAUGUGGCCCAUGUGACAAUAACAACCAAAACUGCUGAUGCCAAAUGCGCUUACAGAGCAACUUACUGUGAUGGUAAACUAAAGACUCAACCCAAACCCUGUGCUGGUAACCAGGGGACACAAAUCAUUGUGGAGGAUCUGUUUUACAAUGUGACUACCAGAAGGAAAGCCCUGAAGAGCCCCAGUGAGGAGUACUCCAGGAUUGUAGAGGUGGUGAGCAGGUAUGCCAUACAUAAUUCUGGAAAAAGCUUAUCUGUCAAAAAGCAAGGGGAAACCAUGGCUGAUGUCAGGACCCUACCAAAUGCCUCCAUACUGGACAACAUCCGGGUAGUGUUUGGUAAUGCAGUCAGCAGGGAGCUUUUAGAAGUAGGCUGUGAGGAUCAGAAGCUUACCUUCAAGCUGAAUGGCUACAUCUCAAAUGCCAACUACUCAGUCAAGAAAUGCAUCCUCAUCCUCUUCAUUAACCAUCGUCUGGUAGAAUCAAAUGCCUUGAAAAAAGCAGUAGAAACGGUUUAUGCUGCCUACCUACCCAAAAACACUCAUCCUUUCCUCUAUCUCAGCCUGGAGAUAGCACCACACAAUAUAGAUGUCAACGUUCAUCCCACCAAACAUGAGGUGCACUUUCUCCAUGAAGACUGCAUCAUCGAGAGUGUCCAGAAACACAUAGAGAGUAAAUUGCUGGGCUCCAACUCCUCACGUACAUACUUUACACAGACCUUGCUGCCCAGGCCGUCCGUCUCUAGUGACGUGAAGCCCUCUACCAGCUCCACUGCAGAAUCCAGCGAGCGGACGUACGCCCAUCAGAUGGUGAGGACUGACUGUCGAGCCCAGAAACUGGAUGCCUUCCUGCUGCCUAAAGAGAAGGCAGCCUCUGCCAGUCAGGCCAGUGUGGAGCCUGUGUCCAGACCGCAGCCUCCUGCACAAGACACAGAUGAGAUGGACGAUGCAGAUAUGCUGGAGGCCUUGGAGGAACAAGAAACCAGUUCAGAGCCCCGUCCAGGAACUAGCUCAGACACACUAGAUGAUUAUUCCAGGAAGAGGCCUCGUGUCGCCCAAAAAGAGAAGCAGGAGGACCUAACAGCUGCAGACACUCCCAGAAGACGAGUCAUCAAGCUAACCAGUGUGAGGGAGCUAAGAGAUGAGAUUACUGAACUGGCACAUACAGGUCUUCAAGAGAUGCUUCAGAACCUCUCGUUUGUUGGCUGUGUCAACCCCCAGUGGACUCUUAUCCAGCACCACACCAAGUUGUACCUCCUCAACACCACUAAACUCAGCCAGGAACUUUUCUACCAGAUAUUGAUCUAUGACUUUGGGAACUUUGGUGUGUUGAGACUGUCUACUCCAGCGCCGCUGUAUGAGUUGGCUAUGCUGGCACUGGACUCUGAAGAGAGUGGCUGGUCAGAGGAGGAUGGGUCUAAGGAGGGCCUGGCCCAGUACAUAGUGGACUUCCUGAAGAAGAAGACAGAGAUGCUGGAGGAUUACUUCUCCUUUGAGAUAGAUGAGGAGGGGAACCUAACUGGGCUGCCGCUGCUGCUAGACAAAUACACUCCUAUCAUGGAAGGUCUGCCCAUGUUUGUCCUACGGUUAGCCACUGAGGUGAACUGGGAUGAUGAGAAGGAGUUCUUCCGAGAUUUCAGCCGAGAGUGCAGCCAGUUCUACUCCAUCAGAAAGCAGUAUAUCCUGGAGCCAGAGCCAGAAGAGGAGGAGCAGGAUACAGAGCUGAACUCAUGGCGUUGGAAGGUUGAGCACAUCAUCUUUAAAGCAUUCCGCAGCCUUUUCAGCCCCCCUAAGCACUUCAGUGAAGAUGGUAGUGUGCUCCAGAUAGCCAACUUGCCAGACCUCUACAAAGUGUUUGAAAGGUGCUGAAACUAGAUGGAAAAUACUGGUAAAUGAAUACCGGAGUAAGCUGUAUCUGCUGCUAUGACUUUCAGACACAUUUAUUGUUUGUGUUGUAAAAAAUGUCUGCCACAAACGUUGUUUUUUGUACAAGUUUGCAAUAUAUAGCAGGAUACUUCUGGAAGGAUGUUACAAAUAGUUUUUGUACAUGGUAAAGGGGGUGUCAUUCUGUGUUUGUUUUAAAUAAAAAGUAAUGAAAAAAGGGCAGUGUAAAUCUGGUAAAGUUUAUUAAUAUAUCAAUGCAGUAGCUGCCCCAGUCACAAUUGUUGUGUGGUCCUGAGACUUGUAAUGCUUUCUAAGCAGCAAACACAGUUUGAAGAAGUGGUAUGUAGUGCUGUUUCUGUGGAUGUACUUUUGUUGCAAAAAAUACCUCUCAGGAAAUGUGCCAUAACCCAUGCAAAAAACAUUCUAGUAUUUACAGUUCAUGUCAUUACACAUUUAUUUCCAAGAAAUCUCUUAAAUAUCAUUUUCCAAAAAUUCUCAAUGAAACCUCGGCAGACAAUGGUUCGUUUAUAUUUUCAAAUCAUGACUGCACCUUUAAAUACAUUAUUCUGUACCUGUUUUUGUUAUUAUUAUAGGACGUUAAAAAUCCCUCAGAAUACAGGUGAGAAGGCACUUCACUGUGUGAGGGUUCAUGAACAGGUGCAGGGCUACAGCAGCCGUGAGGGCUUAACAGUUUAAAAGCGCUAUUACACUCAUUCAUGCAACUUAUCAAAAAUAAACAAAACAAUGAAUAGCUAAGCACCCAGCCAGAGAAAUAAAACCUUAUGAAUGACAUGAUAUAGUACAAAGCUUUGAAAAACAAGGUAAUGGGUAGAGAAGUAUCCUUAGAAUCUCCCCAAGCAACUCUUAAUGUUAUAGAUGUUUUGCAGCUCCCUUCCAAAGACACUGGCGUGCACACACACACCAUGACAAACCAAUGCUGAGUCUUAAAAAAAAAAAAAAAAUACA